CGUAUAUACCCCGCGGAGGUGCUGCGUUUCCGUGCUCCAGCCGUGCGCGCGAUUCCCACACACGUACACACACGAAGGAACCUGCUCACACGUGUGCACGCAUGUACACAAACGUGUGUAUGUACACAUACGCGCUGACAUACACGUGCAAACACGUAUGCGCAAACGAUCGCGCGUACCCUAGCUACGUUUGAAACGUUCGCGCGCGUGUGUUCGCCCCGCGCACACGUAGAAAGUCGGAAGGUGUAGCCGAAGGUGCACGAGCCACGCGGCCCGCGCGCGAUCCCACGGCGGACACACACCUGUUGCCUCGAGGAGACUGACGCAACGGGGGACACCGGGACAGUGUUUAUCCCGCCGGUUUCGGACAACGGUGACAGCGGAUCACCGGAGGUGGCACGCUACGAGGAUUCCGUGGAUUUGCCGAUGGCCCGUUGCCGCUGAUGACAAGAGGAGGAUGGAAGAGUGAUAGAGGACAGACUUGUUUGGAGGUGCUCUAAUGGUUGCAGUGUGCUGUUGGGUUUCGGUAGCGGGGAGGUAGCUAUUGGUACCGGCAGGCGUUGGUACCGGUGUAUGUUUAGCAGUGAUCGAUCGGAAUGGUUUAUGAUUCGUUGGAUUAUUGAGAUCCUGGAGCUGAGAAGGAUAUAGACUCCGAAGAUCCUCGGCUGCUUGGUGAACCAAGCUGGGACCUUGAACUUGCCACUUGUUUAGGCUACGUUCGUCUUGGCUGCAGUAGCUUCGUUAGCCCAGGAACAGCACCGUGCUCAACGGACAUACGAGUAGAGGGCUAUAGAUCCUAAGAGAAAGGAGCAUCAUCUCGCGGGAUCGUCGUGGGGAAAGGUGUACCUGCCGCGUGAACACGGCGCGGCGUCGCGGUGCGUUUAGCGACGCUCUUGGAAGAAGCUGCGCGUAGGAAGGACCGUGGACAAUAGGACCAACCGGGUUGCUUAUAGUUUGGCAGGCAAGUGUUCGGUGUGACAGUGUCCGUCGGGUUGGGAAAGGAUCGGUGCCGGGAGUCGAGGGUUUCUAGAAGUGGAGAACCGUGAGACCUGUUAGUGCUUUUAUGAAGUACAGACGACAAAGUGCCCGUACUAGAGAUAGACCAGUGUUUGUAUGAAAUCUGGACGAUCCAGUGCCUACAUGAGAUAUAGACCAGUGCUUUUCUAGACGAUGCAGUGUCUACAGAAGAUAUAGACGCAUACAGUGUCCAUACGAGAUAUAGAUAUAGGUGUGUGCGCGGACCAGAAGGAAUCGGCCGAGUGUUUUGGAUAAGUGCGCCGGGAUUGUAGAUCUUCUCUCGGCCUGCAGAGAUACAUAUAUAUAUAUAUCGUGGUCCCGAUCGUGGACGAAGCAAACGGGUGGUGAAGCACCCGAGUGAUUGCAGGGAUAAUUUCGCUUUUUGGGAUAUAAAUCGAUUUGCCAGGGACCACGGAUCCGCGGACCACGCUUAACACUCGCUGAGACAAUCCGAGCCCGGGGAGUGGCUGGGGAAGACCGCAGGUGACCCACGGGGGAAUGGUGAUGCGGUAGUCGAGGGAUUCCUCGAGGGAAGACAUGAGGGCGGCCGCCGCCUACGUCCUGUUCCUUGCCCACCUCAUACAGGCGACGAACGCGAGCGGAUUCUUCGAGGUGCAGAUCCUCUCGCUGACGAACAACAGGGGCACCCUGGUGGACGGCAGGUGUUGCGGCGGGGGAGGCGAUGGCGGAGGAAAAGGAGGAUUACCACCCUGCACGACACCGUGUUCCACGGCCUUCUGGCUGUGCUUGAAAGAGUAUCAAUCGAACGUCACUGCCAUCGGCUCGUGUAGUUUCGGCAACGUAUCUAGUCACGCUCUCGGCCAGAACACCUUCACCCUCACCGAACCCGUCACCCUGCAACUUCAUUUCACGUUUCGAUGGACGAGACAAUUCACGCUGAUCCUGCAAGCGAGAGACGAGGCGAGCGCGGGCGUGAUCGAGGAAGCGAGUUACAGCGGCAUUGUCUUGCCAGGGCCCACGUGGCACACCCUCAAUCACCAGGGAAGGAACGCUCAUCUGGCGUAUCGCGUUCGGGUCCAGUGCGCGGAUCAUUAUUACAACGCGACCUGCACGAAGUUCUGCCGGCCGAGGAACGACAUAUUCGGCCAUUACACCUGCGACGAGAACGGCGACAAGGUGUGCAUACAGGGAUGGAAGGGCUCCGACUGCGAAACCGCGGUCUGCAAAGAGGGCUGCCACCCGGUGCACGGCCACUGCAACGUCAGCGGCGAGUGCAAGUGCCGUCACGGUUGGCGGGGUGAGCUCUGCGAUCAGUGCACCCCCUAUCCGGGCUGCAAGCACGGCUACUGCAACGGGUCCAGCUGGCAGUGCAUCUGCGACACGAACUGGGGCGGGAUCCUCUGCGACCAGGAUCUAAACUAUUGCGGCACCCACGAGCCCUGCCAGAACGGGGGCACCUGCGAGAACACCGCGCCGGAUCAAUACAAGUGCACGUGCCCCGAGGGAUUCUCGGGGCCGACCUGCGAGAAGGUCGACAACCCGUGCGCGUCCAACCCCUGCCUGAACGGCGCGACCUGCAAGGAGCUGGGCGAGAGCGCGCACUGCGAGUGCGCCGCCGGUUUCAGCGGGCCCUACUGCGCGACCGACAUCGACGAGUGCGCUUCCCAGCCCUGCCAAAAUGGCGGCACCUGCGUGGACGGGAAGAACGGGUUCGUCUGCAACUGCCCGACCGCCUGGCAGGGCGUGCUCUGCCAGUUCGACGUCGACGAGUGCGCCCUGAAGGAGUCGCCGUGCAAGAACUCGAUGACCUGCUCGAACCUAGCCGGCGACUACAGGUGUCGCUGCAGGAGCGGUUUCACGGGGAAGAACUGCACGAAGAACAUCAACGACUGCGUGGGCCAGUGCCAGCACGGGGCGCUGUGCAUCGACCUGGUCGACGACUACCACUGCAGCUGCACCGCGGGCUACUCGGGCAAGGACUGCGACGUCGACAUCGACGAGUGCGCCUCGAAGCCAUGCCAAAAUGGCGGGGAGUGCAGGGACCUCGUGAACGCGUACGAAUGCGUCUGCCCGGUCGGGUUCACCGGUUACCAGUGCGAGAUCGACAGGGACCACUGCAGCCCGAAUCCGUGCCGGAACUCGGCGCCCUGCUUCAACACGCAGACCGACUACUACUGCCACUGCCCGGUACAAUGGCAAGGGAAGAACUGCUCGGAGACGGCCUCCCACAAUCCGCAGUUCGGCGUCACGGACGAGGAGGCCGGCUGCGGCAGCGAGGGAACCCCGUGCGGCGGUCGCGGCAGAUGCAGCGGCGGCAGAUGCAUCUGCGACCCCGGCUACACCGGGAUGCACUGCCACGAGAACAUCAACGACUGUCGGGGCAACCCAUGUCUGAACGGCGGGACCUGCGUUGACCUGGUCAACUCGUUCCAGUGUAUCUGCAGAGAGGGAUGGACUGGAGACCUCUGUGAUCAGGACGUGGACGAGUGCAUGAACGCUCCGUGCCGCAACAACGGUACCUGCAUGGACGGGGUCGCGGACUUCACCUGCAUCUGCAGGGGCGGUUGGAAGGGCAAGACAUGCGCAUUGCGUGGUGGUCACUGCGAGCCAGGCACGUGCCGGCAUGGUGGCACUUGUCAGGACCGCGGGGACAGCUUCACUUGCCACUGUCCGCCAGGCUGGAAGGGUGCGGCUUGCCACAUAGCAUCGCCAGCUUGCGCGAGCAACCCCUGCGAGAACGGGGCGACCUGCGUGAACACGGCGGACGGGAACUACAGGUGCGUCUGCCGGGAAGGAUUCGAGGGUCCGAAUUGCCGGCGGGACGUGGACGACUGCCAGCCGUUGCCCUGCCUGAACGGCGGCAAGUGCGUGGACGGGAUCAACUGGUUCAGAUGCGAGUGCGCGCCGGGAUUCACCGGGCCGGACUGUCGCAUAAACGUGAACGAGUGCGCGAGCGACCCGUGCACGGGCGGCUCCACCUGCGUCGACGGCAUAGCGAGCUACUCGUGCGUCUGUCCGCCCGGCAGAAGCGGGUCGCGCUGCGAGAUCCGCACCGCGGGUGGGCCAGGCUGCAUGGUCGCCAGCUGGGACGACGACUGUAACAUCUGCGAGUGCCGGAACGGGAAGAAUCAAUGCAGCAACAUCUGGUGCGGUCCCGGGAACUGCUUGAACGGCACCUCUUGCCUGGCCCACGAGGUCUGCGUGCCUAGCCCGAGCGAGAGCUGCCUCGCGCCACCCUGUCCAGCCUGGGGCGAGUGUAGACCGGUAGAAACUGGCAGAAGGGUGGGUCCACCAGCGUUACCGGCUCCACCUUCCUGCUGGCCCGGGCAAGCCACCCCAGGCCCAACUUGUUCGAGACUGACCAUCUUACUCAGGAGAGACACCCUAGCCGCGGGCACCUCCGUGGAGAUCCUCUGUAGACGCCUGAGGAAGCUAUUAGCAGACCCGAGGAGGCCUCAGUCGAUCGUUCUCUUAUGCGACUUGAAGCCAGGUGACAACGACACGGUCGAGGUAACCAUUUUCUCCGAAGCGGCUGCUGACGCGGCCAGAGACCUAGGCGAGGCGCUCAGCAGACCCCUGGGUAGACCUCUCGCCCUGGCCUCCGUGCUGGAGGUCAAGGUGGAGACGGCGUUGCUCAGCGAACCGAGCUCUGCGAAUGCCAGCAGUGCUGGCAGUUACGUGGCCGUGCUGGGCGGUGCUCUCGCCACUGUCCUCGUGCUGGCUUUGUUCGGCGGCCUGUGGUACCUGCGGUCCGUCAGGCAACGCUCGAGCCUGACCGCUACCACCAGCAGCGAGACCUCGCUGCACAGACACCGCAGCGACCUGGACGAGAAGUCGAACAACCUGCAGAACGAGGAGAACCUGAGGAGAUACGCGAACCCGUUGAAGGAUCAGGACCAAGGCGAGCCAAGGGUGUCCGUGGUCAGGCCGCUGUCCGGGACGUCAUUGGGCGCUCUCGGCGCGACUGAGGAGAGUCUCGAGAUGGUCUCCGAAGAAGGGAGACACCGACUGCCGCCGCUCUACAAGCCGCCCAGCGCCGAGGCGAGGAACAACACGGCCAGCUUCAGCUACGAGGAGGGACCCCACAAACCGUACACCAAGCCCAGACUGCAAGAGCCGUCGUACUCUUCUCAUCAGCAACCAGGAACCAGUCAGACAUCGGUGCCGCAUCAAGUGUUGACCGUACACGUGUAAGCUCGGAUAUCGAGCCGAUCGAGCGCCGGAUUUAUGGACACUAAGAGAAAAAUCUAUGGCACCGUGUGCCCCUAACGAAACGAACCGCGAGGAUGUUAGGCGUCGACGAUUCUUCUCCGUUAGAGUUCGCGGGCCAGGGGUAAAUCACACGGAUGCAGGUGAUUGGAGAAGCGAAAUGAAGAUUCUUCUUGCGAGAUUUUCUACCUUGAACACUGUGGAUGGAAUUAACCUUUUAGCGACUGUUGCGGUAGCCUUCAAUUUCAUCUUUUGGAACACCGCUGUAGAAGCUUUGUUAAACCAUGUUUUAUGGGGAAGACCACUAUAGGACUUGCCUCUUUUCUAACUUUUUACAACGGAAUCAAUGAAGAUACAAUUCAUGCGAUCGUUACUUCGUUACUUGGUCAGCUACCGGGUAGCUGGAAGGUUACGUUGAUCCGCUGUGCAUUCGAGGUGUGCACUUCACGCUCUCCGUGUUCGCCCAUCGUCCGCGCUCCCAGCGAUUCCACGAUACACGACAAUAACCGAUCGACGAUACAUAGUUGUAUUGAUAAUGCCGAGUCGUUCUAUCGUUGUACAUAUGUACAUAGCUCGUACUUAUUAAUUUCGCUAAGCCUGUAUCUCCAUCACCCGCUCUCCCUCGUCCUCUAACCCCUUCUCCUCCCUAUCCUCAUUCCUAGAACUUUCUUAAGGUCUAAGAUUCGACGUUGUAUCCGCGUUAACCGUGGAUCAUGGAUCGAUCAUGGUCCCUCCACCGUUCAUCGAAACUGUACCGCAACGUUGCCCCAACACCCAGCAGAGAAUCAUUUCAAAAAUCGACUUCUCUGCUCCGUAACGUCUCGCUACGGUGUCGAGGUGGAAUUGCGAACAGCGUGGACGUACGUUCCGUCGGACGAUAUUAUUGUGAUACUCGUAGAAAGAGAGAGAAAGAGAGAAUAUCGUGCGUGAGACUUUCUCGUUCUCGCCCCGCCAUUGCCCUGUCCUGCUCCUCUCGGACCUAGACGCGAUUUCUAGCGAUCGACGGCGAUCGUUGCCGGAAGAAAAUCUUCGGACACGGCGGAAAAUCGCAAUGGUCGUUCGUCUCCUAAAUUCUAGAUCAUUUCAGAUUCUGAAUUCUCGGAAUUUUUGAACAGCACCCGCGGCAAUCUUAUAUCUCUCCUCCCGAGAAACGAAUGGUAAAAUUGUUUUCGCGACGCGAGAACGACGACGAGCCAGUCGAACAGAUUUUCUUCCUCGGUUAGAAGAACGAUCGUCGAACCCCGUGUAGCUUGUUGCGAGUAUUUGCGUAUUAGCGUUCCCAGCGGUUCCCACAAUUCGGGACCGACAAAAUGGCGUAUCCCAUUGAACGACGAUUGACUCGACCGCCGCCAUAUUGGAGCGCCAAGAUGGCGCGCGGUCGGUGUAAAUAAACCCUCCCGAGGAGACAACAGGCUCCAAAUCGCGCCCGUUUUUUUCUUACCAGACUCCCUCAGACAUUCCCUGCUCCUACAUUUCCCCUUCCCUCUUAGAUGUGCAAUUUUGUUCAUGUAAUCUAUUCUUCUCCUUUUUUUAAGUAUCGCCUCCGCGGCGCGUCGCGGCCCACCUUGCCGCGCGAGGCCGCUCGCCAGGCGCACUAGACGUUAAACGAAGGCGAAGAAGUUAAAGAUAGCUCGUAAUUAGGCGGUACCCCCUAAGUUCUAGAACGGAAGGACGAAAAAAGAAGAAGUUUUUA